AUGACACUUGAGGAGACAUCGACUUGGAUUGAUCAAAUGUUUGACUUAGUUCCACUCAACAAUUAUGUGACUGAGAUAGAAGACAGCAAAUAUGAAGCGCAGUAUUUUGAGAAAGAACGAACUGAAUUAAUAGUAACUCCGAGUGAAAUAGAGGCGAGGCGUUAUUCCCUUGAAGGGCCAAUAACUAUAUCGAGUUACAACAAAUUACUAUUGGAUAUGAAAACGGAUCAAAUUGAGCAAAUCCAGCCGAUUAAUGAAAAUGAGAUAGAUCCAACUAUGUUUAAGAAUCCACGUGAAGCUCUUGUUAAGAGACUUCAUGACAAAAUCGAAGAGACAAGAACAAAUAAAGUGCGUCCCAUCACUUCUAUGCACGGAAAGACUUACGACCUCCCACAAACAAAAAUACACGAAAAACGCACAAAAAAGGACAAAACAGAAAACACCGACAACUCCCAACACCACAAGACAUCGACACAAAAAGGAAAGUUCACAAAAAAAGGAAAACAAAACACACCCGAAAAAUUCGAACGACCAUCAAUGACCAGCCCUGAACUCAAAGACAACUUGGACUUCGGAACGGUUUCCUUUGUGUCUGGAAAGUCCGUCCCUAAGUAUUUGAACAGAAAAAAGAGACAUGACUGA